UGGCUUGCCGUCCUACAGCCGCCGCCGCCCCCUCGCCCCAGACUAAGCCUUCAAGAAAGGGGCUGGACUACGGCGUCACCUCUUCUCUCUUGUUCCAUCGCUACCACCGAAAUCAAGCUACGGAAGAUCACCACCAUCUCGACCACCCUACCUUGCACCACCUCCAAACCCACAUACAAUGCGAUCACAAAGCGUAAAUGCCCUCCUCGGCUGCGCCGCUGCAGCCCUCCUCGCUGCCAGCGUGCAGGCUACCCUGACUAUCGACACUCCUUCUGCUCUCGCUGAAUGUCUCCCGACUGCAAUCAGCUGGAAGGAUGCUACACCCCCAGUCUACAUCUCUGCCUACCCAAAGGGUAACACUGCAGGCAAGGCUUACACCUUGAUCACCAAGUCUGACCAGGCCACCGGUAGCUUCUCCUGGACUGUCAACCUGACUGCCGGUACCACCACUACCCUUGGCAUUCGUGACAAGACCGGUCAGGUGCAGGCCACUGCACCCGUAACCAUCUUCGAAGCACCAGCUGGGACCGACGACUGCAAGCCCAUCAAGCCCUACGAUGGUGGCUCCGACUCGACUCCUGCAAGCGGUGGCAACAACACGACGGCCAGCGGUGGCUCUUCUCAGACUCCUGCAUCCCCCACCACCCCUACGAAGGGAUCAGGUGGCUCUUCUUCUUCUUCGGGCGGUAGCACCAGUGGCGCUGCCGGUGGAGCCAAGGACACCACCGAUACUGCUGACACCACUACAAAGAACGGCACUGCCACCGCUGGAUCUGGUACCGACAACAGCACCGUCCCCGUAGACGGUUCUACCACGCCUGGCUCUGACACUGAUGCCAACGAUGCUCCUUCAAACCUCUGGGUGGGCUCUUCUGACCAGAACUACAUCCUCAUCAUCUCGGUACUCCUCUCCACUGCAAUGGCCGUCAUGAUCGGUGCUUGGAGCGAGUAAAGUGCAAGUUGCUCGCGGAGAUGAUGUCUGCUCAUGUCGCCCACAAAGUCAAAGAAAGUAGCGUCGAUAGCCAUCUAGCCGCGCAGACCCUGUCAG